CGGAACAUACUGCCAGGACUUUCCCCUCCAUCGCUUUGAUCCCAUUUGAGGUCUAUCACAGGAGCUUUCUUCCAUCACCUUGAGAGCUUUGCAUCUUCAUAGCUCGAAGCCUCUUUCGCAAGAGGUCGACGACAUUGUCUCUGCCGUGCGACCCCCUAGACCAGGCAGUGGCGGAUUCUCCCUCCCUAAGGCUGAUCUUCUCUGUCGCCCCAAGCACAUACACGCGCUCUCUCGCCCUACUACUGCCCAAGAGCAAAUAUCUCUUACGAAGAUGGACUCGUCGAAAACCUACAGCGGCCUGGGAAAGCAGGCGAUGCAGUAUGAGUCACCCGAACAGCUGCUAGACGUUUUCAAGGCUGCGGCGCUAUCCGUGACGAAGCUUUACAAGACAUCUGCCAAAGCAGAGGCGCGUGCUCGCGCAGACGGAUACCAAGAUUGCUUGGACGACCUCCUCCUCUUCCUCGACAAGCAAAGCAUUGGUUUGGACGACGGCGAGGGCUGGAGAAUAAGAAGAUGGGCUACGGAGAGGCUCGACGGUCGAGAGGCAGGACAUCAGAGCACUGAGAGCGAAGACGAGACCGACAAGGGCGAAAGAAAUACCUCCCCCGAGGCUUCUCGGGCUAGUGCUGAACCAUCAGCGUCUACAUCGGUUCCGACCCAAUCUCGAACACACUCACCUCCCGCUGUCGUCCCUGCGCCUCCUAUGAACGAAGAACCGACCCAUUUUGUCAUACCAACACAAGAAGCCUUCACCUUCCACUCAACGUAUCCCAACAUCGCUACCCUAGACUUAUCAGACCCACGACCGCAGGACGUAUCUGCUUUCCCGCCGUCAUUUAGUUCUAAAUUCGGAUCAAGUUCUUCAAGGAACGGCCCUCGGUCUUCGCCACAUCUUGGCCGGGGGGCAGGGGCGAAACGAAAGAUGGACUUUGACGACUUUUUCGGUGGCUGUUUUGAUAGCAAAGACCCAGCCGGUAACGGAGCCAAACGCAAUCGACACACAUGACCACUAUCUUCUUGUUUUGUUUUAUUUCGUAUCAUUUUCUACCAGCGAUCACCAUGUCAAUCAGGCACAAUAUUUCAUAUACAUCGGAUGGGAACACAGGGCAACUGCGGGACAUGGGAGGGAGGUAGCAUAGAUAUCAAGGGCGUUUUUUCUUUUCUUUUUCUUUUCCAUCUGUUUAUUUAUUUUGGAACAGUUGAAUCCACAUUGAUGGUGUCAGAGUUGAAGGGUUCUCGUCAUACAUAUCUGGAGUUUGUCACGAAUAGAAGGAAUGGAUGGGAGUAAUCUAGGUACUAAUACCAUAAUCAGAGCUCGCCUACCAGCUCUGCAAUGUCUGGACACAAAGAUUUUGCUUUAGGAGGCCAUUAACAGUGCACAUAUUAAAUGCAACAAUUGUAUAUAAAUAGAUUAACUCGAUUUUUUCACCCUGUAUUAAGUUUACUCAUUGAUCGAAU